AUGUAAUCUGUCAAUAAAUUGUUUGUUAAAUGCCAAUAAGAACCAGCUAAGGAACAAAUCAUUUUUAAGACUGAAUUCUUUAAAUUUACUAAUCACAAAUCAGUUCUGUUACUAUUAUGUAGUGAUGAACACAUUUACAAAAUAAAUGUAAAUUCUCAAUUACUUAAUUUUUAGAGAUAAAAGAUUUAUAAGGUUUCCCUUUAGUAUUUACGAUUUAGUGUAAAAGCUGAGUAGACUAAUAAACAGACUUAAAAAUAAAUGAAAGGUGAUGAAUUUCACACUUAAAUAUACAAAUUUACUUUAGAGAGAGAUGACACAGAUCCUAAUGAAUUUUAUAACUUUAACUUCUAAACCAUGUAUUGGUUUGAUAAUUUGAGGAACAAAUUAAAUAUGCUUGAUUAUUAAGUGAACUAUGAUAUUUCUAAAUUAAUCGGUAAAGGAACUUUUGCAUCUGUUUAUGAAGCAAAAUCUAAAUUUGAUAAUUAAAUGUAUGCUGCUAAGGCAUUCUAUAAGAAAACACUCUAUUAAGAUCCAAAAGGAAAAGUAUUAUUUAAAAUUUUUAGUUUAGGAACAAGUUGAAAAUGAGAUUAGAAUCAUGAGGCAACUCAAUCAUCCUAACUUAAUAAAUUUACAUGAAGUUUAUGAAAACAAAGCAUAAAUAUAUCUAAUUAUAGAUUUAGCAAGAGGAGGAUCACUUGAAUAUGCACUCAAAGUAUUAAAUGGACCAGUGCCUUUCUUAUCAGCAAAAGUGAUAUUCCGUUAAAUAGUAGAAGGAUUAAAUGGAUUACAUGAGAAGAAUUUAAUGCAUAGAGAUUUAAAACCAGAUAAUAUUCUAUUCAGAGAUUUUGUUCCCUUAAAAAGAUAUGGAUUGAUUAAUAUGGGACCUAAUAUAAUGGUUAGUGAUUUUGGUGUUUCUAGUGUAGUCUAAGAAAAAUUAAAUGUUUAUUAAUAUACUGGAACACCAGGAUACAUGGCCCCUGAAGUAUUUGAAACAGAAUAAGAUCCUUCAAAAACAUAUAAUGAGAAAUGUGAUAUAUUUUCAUUAGGUUGUAUUCUUUAUUAUUUAUUGAUUGGCAAACCACUUUUUGCCAAUAAAUAAGCUAAUAUGGAAAUGAAAAUUGAUUGGAUGUCUGUUGAAUAGGAAUUGAAUUCAAGUCAUUCUCUUACUAUGUUAUUAUAGAAAAUGUUAUCUCCAAAUCCUUAAGAUAGACCAUCUUGUAAAGAAAUAAUGGAAAACAAAAUAUUAGAAGUGGAAUAUGGUGAAGAUGGAGUACCAUUAUUCAAAGAUUUCUAAAGACCUAAAAGUAGUCCUCCAAAAAGAUUGAUUUAAGAAGAUUCACUUAAAAACAAAGGUAAGAGAGGUAGUGUUUUGAUGAACAAUAAGGCUAUCAAUAUGAUGCCCAUAAUGGAAGAGAAAUAAAGAGAUUCUGGCAAUCAUAAAUUCACCAAAAGAAAUACUAAUAUGGAUGUAUAAGAUAUGAAAUCGAGUCAAAUCAUUGUUAAUCCAUAAUCAGUAAAACAGGCACGACGUUCGUCAGCUAUCGUUCCUGGAACUGCUAAAAGACCAUCACAACAAUGA